AUGUGGAACUCGAGCGCGCUGCAGUUCGUCGUGCUGACGGGGUACCUGGACGUGGGGGCGCUGUCUCCCGUGUUCUUCGGGCUGUUGGCAUGUUUGUACGUGGUCAUCGUGUUUUUGAACGUGUUCCUGGUGGGCGUGAUCGCGCUGAACGCCGCGCUGCACAGACCCAUGUUCCUCCUGCUGAUGGCGCUCUUCGUGAACGAGGUGUACGGCAGCGCGGCGCUCUUCCCCUUCCUCCUCGCUCAGAUGUUUCGCUCGGUUCACGUCGUUUCCGUCGGCGCCUGUUUCCUGCAGAUCUUCUGUCAGUACACGUACGCCACCAUCGAGUUCGGGACGCUGGCCGCCAUGUCGUACGACCGUUACCUGGCGAUCUGCCGCCCGCUGCAGUACCACGUGCUGAUGAGCGGGCGCCGCGUGCUGGCGCUGGUGCUGCUGAUCUGGGCGUACGCCUUCGUGCGUUGUAUGGUCACGUUGUCGUUAAACCUGCGCCUGACGUUCUGCGGGAACUCGCUGCCGAGCGUUUACUGUCGGAACUACCUGAUCGUGAGGCUGGCGUGCGCCGACACGCACAUCAACAACGUGUACGGCCUGGUGGGCAUCGUUCUGUCCGCCGUGCUGCCGCUCGCCGCCAUCGCUCUGUCCUACCUCAAGAUCCUCGCCGUGUGCUACUCGGGCUCCGCCCACACGCGGCUCAAGGCUCUGAGCACGUGCACGCCGCACUUCCUGUCCGUGCUCAACUUCGCCUUCGGCUGCUCCUUCGACAUCGUGGCGAGUCGCUUCGACCUGGACGCACUCGGCGCCGCCGCCCGCGUCUUCGUGUCCGUGUACUACGGCACGCUGCAGCCGCUGCUCACGCCGCUGCUCUACGGCCUGAGCCUGCGCCAGGUACGGCUCACGUGCACGCGUAUGCUCACACGUGCACGUGACGGGCACACGCCUGAACGCACACACACACAAGGGAAGGACACGUGCACACACCUGAGCACGUGCACGUGA